UUCACAGACUCUUCGUCUUUGUGAGGGGGGGGUGAACCCAAGGUGACCAGUAGAGGGCAGCAACGUUUGGAACACGCCUUUUCUCGUGACCGUGGGCAGGCCAAGAAAAGGAAGAGGAAGAGGGGGGAGGAAGGAGACUAUAAGAAGGUUAUGUGUGUGUGAGAUGCAGCAGAGCCGCAGUGAGACGCAGCAGCAGCUGUGGGGAAGCUGGACCACGAUGUCCAACCAGGUCUACAGCAACCCCAAGGUAACACAGCUGAUGAACAGCAGGGUGGGUCAGUACCUGAGUGGACAUCCGGUGCUGGCGCUGUCCAUCUUGUUCUUCUGUGCCAUGGCCGCAGUUCCUGUUGGACUCUUCCUCGGGUUUGCUGUAGUUACCGCCAUCAUGUCAGCUGUGGGCUUUGUGUUCUUUGAAGGGUUCCUGCUGUUCGUGUCGGCCAUCACUCUACUCUGCGUCCUCUCCGGCCUGGCCGUCUUCUCCGUGAUGGUGUCGUCCAUCUUUACCGUAUUUUACAUCACCGUGUCCAGCCUCGUCAACUACUACUACUACCACCACCCACAGCUAGCAAAGCAGGGAGACGAUGACCAGCAGAAGAACCAGGAUGAAACACCGACGAUGGACAAAAUGAAAUAGUUCCCUUCUUCUCAACCAAUCUCAUUGCAGGUCAUGCACAGCACAUUUUAUAAACAUUAUUUUAUGAUAAAUUUAUUAAAUACCAAAAAUACAUGCCAGGGCCUUGUUACAACAAAUGUUUACCAAAUCUGAAUGUUAAAUUAUUUUUAAAGUAAGAGCGAUGUCAUAAAAAAAAAAAUAGAACAAUGCUGUUACAAAUGUUUUUAAUAAAACAUCUUCAUGGAUGCCGUAUGCUAAUCUGUCAGCAUUAUUCAGUCAAAUCUCAACAAUACGCUAGGUCAAAGUUCACACAACAAUCUGCAACAAGGCGUAAUGUUGGAGGAAAGAGUACCGUAUCAAGCUACCUAGCAUGCCUUGCGGAGGGAAUAUACAGGUAUUAAAAUUCUUACAAUUUUUUUUAAUGUUCAGAGAAAAAAGUUGCAUUGAUAUAAUAAUCGUAAAAUUCUCUAAAUAUUUUUAAUGUUCAGAGACAGCAGUUGCAUUGAUAUACUGUAAAAAUAAAAUCAUAAAAUUUGGACUUUUUUUUCAUUCCCAGAAAAAAGUAGCAUUGGUAUAAUAAAAUCGUAAAAUUCUAAAAAGGUUUUAAUGUUCAGGAGGAAAAAGUUGCACCUAGCAUGCCUUGCGGAGGGAAUAUAUGGGUAUUAAAAUUAUUACAAUUUUUUAAUGUUCAGAGAAAAAAAGUUGCAUUGAUAUAAUCGUAAAAUUAAAAUAAUAAAAUUCAGACAAUUUUUUUCGUUCCCAGAAAAAAGUUGCAUUGAUAUAAUCGUAAAAUUAAAAUAAUAAAAUUCGGACAAUUUUUUUCGUUCCCAGAAAAAAGUUGCAUUGAUAUAAUAAAAUCGUAAAAUUCUAAAAAGGUUUUAAUGUUCAGGAGGAAAAAGUUGCACCUAGCAUGCCUUGCGGAGGGAAUAUAUGGGUAUUAGUAUUCCCACAUGGUGCAGGAAGUAGGUUACUUUAUUUGGAUAUCUAUUUUACAUAAGCUACAGAUUCAAAAAGCGAUUUGAAUAAAUCCACGCAAACACUCUAUGGUGAUUCUCAUAAAAUCUUUAAUGGAGGUGAUAUCAUGCAACAAAAAAAAAGGCCCCAGAAAACAACUUUAGGAGUAAUGUGAAUAUUUGCCGUGAUUAUCUCUACUUGGCAAAAUGCAAACCACUAAUGCAAACGACACAAGCAGCACAUAAAAUGUUGCAUAAUUUGUGUUCUAGACUCACAACUGAUGCUUUUUUUUUUACAAAUCAUUGGAAUUCCAAAUUCAUUAGACAAGAGAAAAGCAUUGCUGUGACUUAGUUGGCGGGUUCUGUCAUUAUAAAAAAAGAAACCAGAUGUGUUUUAGUAAACCAGAUGUGAUAAGGUUAAGUAUUACAGCAUAUGCAUACAAAAAAGAACUAAAAAUAAAAAAUACUGAGAAAAGAAAUGGGACAUAACUGUCAUCAGGCACUCUUUGUCACGUUUUUGAAUAAGACUGUACAUUUGUGCAAUCCCUUGCCAAGGUUCUUGCCCCGUUUGUGACAUUGUGAAAGAUCUAACAAAAAUAAGCGUAUGCACCUCACGUGGGGGAGUGGGGGGGGGGACUUCGGCAUAUAUGAACAGCAAUGCAAAGAGGUUUAAGGCAAGAACGCUGAACGAAGAAAUCCGACAGACGUUGGAAUGACCUUGUUUCAGCUCCGGUGUUGGUGGGCAUUGACCAGUUCCAUCGGCGAUCAUCAAGAAGACUAAUAGUGUUUUUUUUUCCCUGUUAAGUUGGCUCUCGGUCUCAGGCGUAUUUAUCCUUUUUGUUGGAAGCUCACGACAUUCCGUGAUUUGAAUCUCGGCGCGCUCUGAGUCUGCUGCCGCUCGCCGCCGUCGUCGUCGCCGCCGCCAACUUCCUUACGCCGGCAGGCUCAGCUUCUUGCCUUUCAACACUGAGAAGGAGAAGCACUGUUAGCAUCAACGGCUCACAAUCUCGCCGAUCCAAAAGUUAACAUUUACAAGAAUAUCUUCACGUUCAGAGAAAAAGUUCCAAUUGAUAUCAGAACAAAGAUUAGUGUAAGGUUUCGUGAAAAACAUCUAAUGGACAUAAGCGUCAGAAAAUUCCCGAGAACAUUCCGGAGAAAAAAACUUGCACUCAUUGAUAAUUCAUAAAAUUCCGCAAUUUUAAAAAAAUAAAUUGACAAGAAUAAAGUCUAAAAAUUCAGAGGUUUUUUUUAUGUUUUGAGAAAACGUAUCAAUAUAAUAAAAUCGUAAAAUUCUAACAAUUUGUUCAUAUUCAGAGAAAAAAGUUGCAUUGAUAUACAGUAAGAAUAAAAUCCUAGAAUUCUGACAAUUUUUUUUCGUUCCCACAAAAAAGUUGCAUUGAUAAUAAAAUCGUAAAAUUCUAAAAAAAAAUUGUUCAGAGAAAAAAGUUGCAAUAUUAUCGUAAAAUUCUCAA